GACUGUUCACUUCAAGAAUAUUGUGACGCUGACGAUGAAGAUUGCCAACGUUCAACUAAUGAAUUAAAAAUUGGUCAAUUAAAACAUGGUAAAAGUCAACACAUGAACAUUCUGCGACGAAUUCGAAACAAAAGUCUAAUGGAAUGUGCAAAAGAGUGCUUAUUGACAUCACAAUGCAAGGCUAUUAACUAUAGAAAAAAUUGGAAACUUUGUGACGCACUAGGUGAAAGGCCCGAAGGCGAAGCUAUCCAGGACGAAUCGGGAUCAGUUUACAGCGAUAUAUCGACCUGGCCGAAGGCUAUUGCAGGAAAAUGUGCAGCUCAUAAUUGUGGCAAAGGGAAGAAGUGUAUUAUUAAGACAAAUGAAGUGACGUCGUGUGAACAUGCAUACUGUAAAGAUGAACCACCUGAAACACCGUUUGCUGUUUCCACUGAAACGUUUGGGGUCUAUGCUAAUUUGGAAGCAGGCAACCAGUAUAAAUGCCUAAACAAUUCCUAUGAGCUGGUUGGAAAACCGUUUGUUAUUUGUGACAAAAAAUCUAAAAAGUGGAAGAAAUUAUUUUGCUGCGUGGAAAAACCAUACAAACCACGUGACUGUAGCGACUUACCACGUCAUUGUGAUUCUGGAACUUACAAAAUUUAUUCUGGAAGUUCAACUGGUUUCAAUAUCUAUUGUGACAACCGGACCUCAUGGUGGAACGUAAUUCAGCGACGGACAGAUGGAUCAGUCAAUUUUUACAGAAACUGGACGGAGUAUGAGGAGGGUUUUGGAGAUUUAAGUACUGAGUUCUGGCUAGGGAACAGACUGAUCAGCCAACUUACUUUAUCCGGAAAAUACCUACUUCGAGUCCGAAUGAAAAAUCAAAAACAAGAAUGGAAGAAAGCGAAUUACAAUGGAUUCAUUAUUGGUAAUGCAACAACUGGUUACAAAUUCCAGGUGACAAACUUCAGAGGCGGUGAUGCAGGAGACAGUAUUUCCAAUGGUACGCCAAAUUACAUCAAUAAUGGAAUGAAAUUUACUACUUACGACAGAGAUAACGAUAAAAAUUAUACAGCUAACUGCGCAGAGAAAUACAAAGGAGCUUGGUGGUUCAAUGCCUGUUAUAUGUCACAUCUAAACGGAGAGUACGGUAAAACCUUAAAAUUUCCAUUUGGAAUACAGUGGAAAACAUUUCGCGGAACCCUAAGUUCCAGUAUCAUGGAAAUCAGGAGGACAGAUUGA